AUGUUUGUCAAAUGCACACCGGCAAUAAGAUUUUUGUUUAGCCCAAUUGAAUUAAAUAGAAUAAAAUUUUUAAUAAUGUGGCCUAUUCUAAUGGCAAUAUUAAGACGAAAUGCCGUCUACAUAACACUUCCCAUUGCUGGAGUUGUGGGAUUCAUUGGGUACAACCUGGAAAGUAUACUGUCUGAUAAAUAUACGCCAUAUAACAAAUCCAUACUUGAAAAUCGAGCUGAACGAUUAGCGGAGGAAGAGUUGGCUGACCCAACACGCGUGGAGAAGCUGCGGCUAAAUUCGAAUGUUCUAGAAAGAAACUUGUCUCCCUCCUUGCAACCAAAGUAAUUAUUAUAAGAGUAUGCUACUUUAUGAAUGAAAUACUUGUAUUUGCUUCUAAAAUUUUUUGUAUUUUGCUUCACUGAAAUUAUAUUUUUAUCUAA